ACUAGGCUCUUAGUUGUCAGUUGUCAAUUCUAUCGCAUAAUUCGCAUCAACAUCAAACUGUCAAUGUCAAAUCAUGGCAACAAAAUAAAUUGUAUUUACAUAAUGAAUGAACAGUUUUGUGAAUAGCAAAACCAGCAAAACUAUUAAUCGGAUUACAAUCAAGUAUUAUCAGUAGUAAUUAUUGUUUACCGAGACUAUGCGUGAAUAACCCAGGGACAUUUAAUAGUUUAGUGAAUUUUGUGAUAUUGAUUUGUAUGUUCAGUAUAAAAUAAAACGAAUAGAAAGUAAAUUUGGUUGUAUUAAAAUAUGACCGGACAAACUGUGAACGGUUAUGCCGAAAGUGCAAAAGAUUCAGAAGGGUCUGAUGAUUUCCAAGAGGUUCAAAUUCCUGUACCUUGGGGUCAUAUUACAGGAAAAUGGUGGGGUUCAAGAGAUGUGCAACCAAUUCUAGCAAUUCAUGGUUGGCAAGAUAACAGCGGUACAUUUGAUAAACUAGCUCCAAUUCUUAGAGAGAAAGGACUGUCUCUAUAUUGUAUAGAUUUACCGGGACACGGAUUUUCUUCGCAUUUACCGCCAGGGCAGAGUUAUUACGUUUUUUGGGAUGGUGUUCAUAUCCUACGAAGGAUUGUGAAUCACUUUGGUUGGAAUGACAUUAACAUAAUCGGACAUUCGUUAGGAGGAGCGAUAGCAUUUUUAUAUGCUGCAGUUUAUCCAGACUGUGUAAAAAAGUAUGUUAGUAUCGAUAUAGCAAGUCCCAGUAUAAGAAACAUAAAAAAAAUGUGUGACAUCUUAGGACCCAGUGUUGACAAAUUUUUGUCUUAUGAAACUAAACCUGUGGAGCACAUGCCGUGUUAUGAAUAUGGCGAAAUGCUUGAUUUAGUUUGUGAUGCCUACAAGGGUUCUGUUACUAGAGAAGGCUGUGAAGUUCUGCUUAAACGUGGAAUGAAACCAGCCACACAUAAAAAGGGAUACCUAUUUACUCGAGAUCCGAGACUUAAAACUGCUGCGUUAGGGUUUAUGACAAUCGACCAGGUAAUGGAGUUGGCGUCUAGAAUUACAUGUGAAGUUUUGAAUAUUAGAGCAUCCUCUGGAUUAAAACACGAUAAUCCACACCACUAUGACAUGGUUUUAGAUACCAUCGAGAAACAAGCGAAAAAAAUGGAAAGGCACGUAAUUGAUGGAACUCACCAUUUACAUUUAAACGAUGCUGAAAGUAUCGCUCCUUACGUUUACAGCUUCCUUGCAUCAUAAUAUUUAUUUGCUUUUUAGGUAAUUAGAUACAAUUAGAAAAAAAGUGUUACUUGAUAACAGGGCUAGGAAAUUAGUUAAAUUGUGAUAAUCGUUAUUUAUUGUUUAAUUAAUUUAUUAUGUCAUUAUUUAUUUAUUGACAAUAUAUAAUUCACUAAGAAAUGUUUGAUUAGGUUUACUGUAUUCCAAAGAUUGUUUUGAAAAACAAAACUUAGUUAAUAACAUUUUCCAGUAGGUGUCACAGAUUGUACAGGAAAAAAUUCUACAGCACAAUAAUAAAAAAGAUAAAUAAAAAGGUUGUUCAUAUCAAGAGAAUAGAGAUAUUAUUAGUAAUGAAAAAGUUCAAAAGUGAAAUUUAUUGUUUAUUUUGCUUAUCUUAUCUAAGGUAGGUACAUUGCUCAGACUUUAUGAAUUAUAUUUGACAAUACCGUUUUUCACGAGUCAUUUAUAUUUUAUAUAUUAUUUAAUUUUAUAAUAUAUAUUUUUAAAUUGUAAUUACUUAUAAACGAAA